AGAGAGAGAAUACCCAUUUCCUAACUGUUCCAGCAAAUUGGAGCUCUGUUUUGGCCUUUUGGGUCGUUUCCCUUUCUGCCUUUCUUUAAAAGAUUUGUAAUUAUUUUAAUUAAAGUUUAAAAAAAGGGGAUCUUUUUCAAUUUCCUCAGAGAAUUUCAACUGCGGUUUCUUGGUCAGCCAUGAAUCCCUCGUGCCCUCCUGAUUGGGAUAUUGAAGAUGAAGUCUCUCUUCCAAACCAGAAGAAGACUGCAGGGUUAGGGUUAGACCAGGAGCUGGUGGAGCUGCUAUGGAAGAACGGCCAGGUGGUGUUGAGCAACCAAACACAUAGAAAAUCUCUCAAUGAGCCAUCAUCCACUUCAAUGCCUGGCAGUCCCUUUGGGAACCCAAUUCAAAAUGACCCAUGGCUUAAUUAUCAGGCCAUUGAUGACUCUUUCGAGAGAGAACUAUGCGCUCCGUUUUUCUCCGGAAUCCCAUCAUCAGCUCAUCCUCUUGACACAAAUCAAGAAACCAAGAUCUCCAUUUUUGGUAAUAAUAAUAAUAAUGGUAAUAGUAAUAGUAAUCCCAUGCCCCCGCUGCCAGGGACUCAGAUCUUGAGUUCUCUGAGGAGGCAGCGGCAGCGGCGUGGAGAUAAAGGGGAGUGUUCGGCGAUGACUGUGGGCUCCAGCCAUUGUGGGAGCAACCUGGUCGCCGUUGAUGCUACUUUUGACAGGAGGAGCAGUGGGAGGAAAUCAUCAGCAACAGCGGCGACCAGAGGUGGAAACUAUGGUGGGGAGAAAGCAGUGAGUCCUGAGACUGAAAUGGGUGAAGAGGAUACCACUGGAACGUCGUCGUCUGGAAGGUCAGGUGGCACCAGCUUUGUCACAGCCAAUGGCCGCCCCAAGAAAAGGAAAGCCAGGGGUGGAGAAGAAGAAUCAGAAUGCCAACAUGAUGAAGGUGAUGACUUUGAUAUGGGGUACACAAACAAGUCUUCCCAAAAGUCUGGAACCACUCGCCGGAGCCGUUCUGCUGAGGUUCAUAACCUCUCUGAAAGGAGGCGAAGAGAUAGAAUCAAUGAGAAGAUGAAGGCUUUGCGGGAGCUUCUCCCUCGCUCCAACAAGACAGAUAAAGCGUCCAUGCUAGACGAGGCAAUCGAAUACUUGAAGUCCCUUCAAAUGCAACUUCAGAUGAUGUGGAUGGGGAGUGGGAUGGCAUCAAUGGUGUUUCCCGGGAUGCAAAACUACAUGUCGCGAAUGGGGAUGGGAAUGGUGCCCCCGGCGUUGCCCUCUAUGGGAAUGCACUUACCAAGGCCUCCUCCUCCUCCUCCUAUGGUUAACCAUUCUCCUCCUUCUCCAACAAUGGCGGCUUCAACGCAGAGCCAAGCACCACCAUUGUUGAACCCUCUCAUCAACUAUCAGAACAUGUUGCAAAACCCCAAUUUCGCAGAGCAAUUUGCCAGCUUCAUGGGCUUCCACCCAAUGCAAAAUGCUUCCCAGUACGUGAACCGUUUGGGUCCGCAGUCAACGCCAUUGAACCCGGUGUUCAACCCGCCACCAGCCAAUGGCAGUGGUCCCUCGGCUUAGACGAUAUCCACAACCGAAAGCGCCACAAGCAGGGAUUCGGGAGAAGCAUCAUAUCCCCCGGUGGUUGGUUGGGCCGGGGUCCAAGGGGGGUUUUUUUUGUAUCUUUGCCUUAUAAGGAAAUUCAUCAGAUUUUUGUGAAUGAACUCUAAUGGGUAUA